AUGGAUGUCAAAGACGGCGAUAAAGAGGAAAAGAAACCAAUUGUUGUUAAAGAUGCUACAGAUUUACAACGACUUCGCCUUGAAAAACUAAUGAAAAACCCAGAGAAGCCAGUUUUGAUACCAGAGAGACGUAAAGAUAAAUCACUUGCUCCACCACCUGACUUUGUUCGUAAUGUAAUGGGUUCUAGUGCCGGCGCGGGUUCGGGAGAAUUUCAUGUAUAUAGGCACCUUAGACGAAAGGAGUAUGCACGUCAAAAAUUCAUACAGGAAAAAAGUGAAAAGGAAAAGCUUGAUGAUGCAUAUCACAAUAGAAUAGAGGAAAAUAAACGUAAAGCAGAAGAAAGAACUGCCAAAAAGAGAGCUAAAAGGUUAAAAAGGAAACAAAAAACUAAAAUAAAAGCUACUCAACCAAAAACAAAUAUUGCUGACGACAAAUCUUCCCAAUCUAAUAGUGAUAGUAAUAAUUCAGAAGAAGAACUUGGACUUGACUCGAAACAAAAGACUGAUAAUACUACAGAACCUAAUAUUAAUAAUGUGAAAAGUGAUUGUGAAAGUGGCAAUGAUCAUUCUUUGUAA